UUCAGUGCACUAUUCGUCACCAACACGACCCAGAGAACGUAGCCUAAUGGCGCUUUGCUCAGACACCCCCUAUGUGUGUGAGAUGUAACUGCGUCUGAAGGCUGUGAGAGAUAAGUGGAAAGUCCCUAACACUGGAAAUCCCCUUUGUCUGCCUGGGCUUUUCCGCAAUCUACAUGAACGACAUUAAGUUGGAGGACGUGAUCUGUGCUUUGACAGCCUAUAGAGUAAACAUACCAACAUAUAAUUGAUUGUGAAGAAGGCUGAAUGGCGCUGUUUGGACUGCUGCGGUUACCCUGAUAGAAGUGGCAGAGGACUACCAGGAGCAUCCUAGGGCUUUGUUGGUGGUCUUAGUGUACAGUUCUGCAUUGGUACACGUUACAUCUGGUGAACACCAUGUCCCAGGGACAGAAUUUCCUGCCCAAGUUCCUCUUUGUGAGUAACCUGCUGAAAGCGGUCAAGAUCCGGGAGCGGGUGCCUAACGAUGUGGUGAAGCCAGCGGCCAGCGGAGGACUUAUGCACCACCUGCGGGGCAUGCACCGGUACACACUGGAGAUGAUCAGCAUGAGCCAGUUCCCUCAGGCCUUCCAACAGGUCAUUCAGGCAGCCAUCUUGGACAGGGCCAUGCAGAGCUCCCUAGAGCAGGAGAAGAAGCUCAACUGGUGCCGCGAGGUCAAGAAAAUGGUACCACUAAGGACCAAUGGAGAUGGGAACUGUCUUCUCCAUGCUGCCUCUCAGUACAUGCUGGGGGUGCAGGACACAGACCUGGUCCUGAGGAAGGCCCUGCACAGUGUGCUCAAGGAGACCGAAACAGGCAACUUUAGAGCCCGUUUCCAGACAGAGCUACUGCAGUCUCAGGAGUUCACCCAGACUGGCCUGCAUUACAGCACCAUGAAUUGGGAGGAGGAAUGGGAGAAGAUCAUCAAGAUGGCUUCGCCUGUGUCUAGCAGCAACGGGCUGCAGUUUGACUCCCUGGAGGACAUGCACAUCUUUAUCCUCUCCAACAUCCUCCGCAGGCCCAUCAUCGUCAUCGCAGACCAGGUGCUGCGCAGCAUGAGGUCCUGCUCCUCCUUCUCUCCCCUCAAUGUGGGGGGCAUCUACCUGCCUUUGCACUGGCCUCCAAGGGAGUGCUACAAGUACCCCAUAGUGCUCGGCUACGACUCCCAGCACUUUGCCCCCCUCAUCACCACCAAAGACAGUGGCCCAGAGAUCCGAGCAGUGCCGCUGAUCAACCCGGGCCGCGGGGGCUUCGAGGAGCUCAACGUGCACUUCUUGAUGGAGAAGGAGCAGACGCAGAAGGAGAGGCUUCUGAAGGACUACCUAAUGCUGAUGGAGAUCCCUGUCAUUGGCCUGGGCUACGAUACCACACGCAUCAUCAAUGCUGCCAGGCUGGAUGAAGGGAACCUGCCUGAGGACAUGAACCUGAUGGAGGACUACCUCCAGUUGGUCAACCACGAGUACAAGCGCUGGCAGGAGGACAAGGACCAACUGUGGGCCGCCCCCCACCCCCAUAGACCACCCCCCUUCUCCGUGUCUCAGCUGUCCCUCAUCGAGAUCCGAUGUGCCACACCACGGUGCACCUUCUACGUCUCCGUGGACACCCAGCCACACUGCCACGAGUGCUUUGAGAAACGCCAGGGCCAGCCCAACGGGAGGAUAGAGGCUGCCCCUACGAAAGGCGGUAGUCAGGCUUGUGAGCCGGGGUGUAGUAGUAGAGUACGGCCCAGCCCCCCUGGCUGCCUGGCGGUGUUAUCCAGCCCGCUCUCCGUCGCUCCACCGCGCUCAGCGUCCUGCCGUUACAGCGAAACCCAUGCCAUGAAGUGCAAGAUGCCUGGCUGCGUUUUCACCCGCAGCAAGGAGCACAAUGGUCUGUGUGAACGCUGCUUUAACAGCCGGCAGAAUGCACCAGGGAGGUGCGGCAUGUGCCACCAGGAGGCCUUCAGGAUAUUUAACGGACUGUGCCCCCCGUGCUUCCAGAGUACUGGCACAGAGCGGGGCGAGGAGCCCCAGCCGCCGGCAGCAGCGUCCUCUUCUGGGUCGUUAUGGACCCAGCCCCCGCCCAGGGAAUCUGAGUGCUCGGGCCGGCCCUGUAAGAGGUCGGGAUGCCAGUUCUUUGGGACUCAACAGAAGUGUGGAUUCUGCACCAUCUGCUAUAUGGAUUAUCAGACCAACCACCUAGCGACUCUUCCUCCUCCUGCUCCAAUCCAGACUCGCCACGCGUCGGAGGCAGGCUUCCAGAAUGCUUCGCGCUGUCAGGGCCCGGGGUGUAGGGCCAUGGGCAAUACCAUGCUGGAGGGCUACUGUAACAAGUGCUUCUUUAACGAGCAGAGCUCCAGGUUCAACCAGAAUGCUACCAGGGCUCCCAGUGCCCACUCCCCUCCGCUGGUCAUGCGAACUGCUAAACCAGAACAAGACAGACCCAGACAGACCCAGACCCAGGCCACGUGCAGGUGGAAUGGCUGCAGUAACUUCUCCCCCGGCUGCACAGACCUGUGUCCAGAGUGCCGGGCCACGCGGGGGCAGAGAGAGAGCUGCAGGGAGAGGGCAGGGGCACCUAAGGAGACGAUGAAGCAGAGCUGUAAAGCCCAAGGCUGUGACCACUAUGCCAACAUAGAGAAGCAAGGCUUCUGUAACGAAUGUGACCACUUUAAGCAGGUCUACAUGGGGUGAGCCCAAAGGUUUGGGGAAGAUUAAAAUGGUUGUGCCACCAUGCUAGUCAAUGCAUCUCUGAAACUAGUGACCAUAAGGCCAGAAGCCCGUUUUAACAUGUGCUCACGAAGAGAAAAGAGCAGGGGCAGUAGAAAUGGCCGGCAGAAUACCUCUUAGUGCAAUAAUUAUUAUCCCACGUGUACAGGAUGAAAGGUGAGGUAUACGUGUCAGACAACGGACAACGUGUACAGGAUGAAAGGUGAGGUAUACGUGUCAGACAACGGACAACGUGUACAGGAUGAAAGGUGAGGUAAACGUGUCAGACAACGGACAACGUGUACAGGAUGAAAGGUGAGGUAAACGUGUCAGACAACGGACAACGUGUACAGUAUGUAUCAUGCUGGACUACUGAUUGUAUCUUGAAAAAAGCGCAAUACGUACGGCCAAGCAAUUAUCUAUCAAGCAGCCAGUCACCGACACAAUAAUGUGAUAAAUUGCAGCUUUUGUUUAAGAACCUCAUCGACCAAAAUUCUGACAACUGCAAAGUUGUGCCAAAGCCAUCACGACCUCUAACAAAAUGAGAGUUUGGUCAGUAGAAAUGUGGUUUAAACAGGAUUAGGUACAGUCAAAACUGUACCUACCUAGACAGCUAAUGUACAGUAUCUGAGCGAUUGUGACUGGACAGGACCCUUAAGUACUGAAUGGUGCUACUGGAACAGAAGUCAAACGUAGAGGUUAUGUUACAUGACAGAGAAAAACAGUAGUUAAAACUAAAUAAUAUUCAACCUCAGUACAUAUGUUGUUGUGUUCUUGUUUUCAACCUCUCCCACUGCCACAUAGAUGUCUACAGGCAGUACAUAUGUUGUUGUGUUCUUGUUUUCAACCUCUCCCACUGCCACAUAGAUGUCUACAGGCAGUACAUAUGUUGUUGUGUUCUUGUUUUCAACCUCUCCCACUGCCACAUAGAUGUCUACAGGCAGUACAUAUGUUGUUGUGUUCUUGUUUUCAACCUCUCCCACUGCCACAUAGAUGUCUACAGGCAGUACAUAUGUUGUUGUGUUCUUGUUUUCAACCUCUCCCACUGCCACAUAGAUGUCUACAGGCAGUACAUAUGUUGUUGUGUUCUUGUUUGCUGUUGACCACGUUUUGUAUCUCUACUGUAGAAGUCCAAGUUAGCGCUUGCCCUGAGAGUUGUACCACGUUACAGUAUGUUCUAUAUGUGUUAAUGCUGGGCAAUUACCUUCACACAGACUCCUAGUUAAUGAGUUACUUAUAGAUGAGAGCAGAGUUCAGUUGAUCUCGUCUAAGGGGAUUGCCAGUGAGGAAAGGAGUUUGUGUUUGGAGGUAAGGAAGGAGAACAUAAAGGCAGGAGAAAUCCCCGUAGAGCUCAACACCUCAUUCAGAGGAGGGAGGGAGAACGUUAACAAACACCUGUGGGGAAAAACAGCAACACAGCCCUUAGCUUGGUUCAUACCUUGUAGCUGUGGCAUGGCUGGACCCCAGGAAGAGUAGCUGCUGCUUUGGCUGCAGCUAAUGGUGAUCCAUAAUAAAUAUAAAUACAAGCCUGCAGUAAAAUACCUCACCACCCAUAGAACCUGGCCUGAAGUAUAGUACCUCUUUAUCGUAGGGGCUCUGCUGAAACCUGCUGUGCUCACACGAUGUCUCACUCUACUACUUUGUUUGAUAUAAAACUGACAUUCCUGUGUUUUCUUCUUUUAAACCUAUAUAUUUGAACUGACAUUUCCUUCCUGCCAAAAAACGUGCCAUCGUCUACAAAGCAUUGAUUUGACCUCUUAACUAAGGCAUCGUUGAAGUCUGUUCAAUAUGCAUAUCUGACAUCUGUUCAAUAUGCAUAUCUGACAUCUGUUCAGUAUGCAUAUCUGACAUCUGUUCAGUAUGCAUAUCUGACAUCUGUUCAAUAUGCAUAUCUGACAUCUGUUCAGUAUGCAUAUCUGACAUCUGUUCAAUAUGCAUAUCUGACAUCUGUUCAGUAUGCAUAUCUGACAUCUGUUCAAUAUGCAUAUCUGACAUCUGUUCAAUAUGCCUAUCUGACACCUGCAAAAAAUGUAUUUUGUUGAUUAGGCUUAUGGCAGCCUAGAUAUAGAUCUGCGCUUUAAGCAGAUGAUACACAUAAUAUAAUAUAAUAUAAUACAAGGGUAAUUAGUUGUCAGUACAUGCUCUUUGGUUAUGGGUCUGAACCCCAUUCAGACCACUACAUACUGCACAAUACUUAAUAAGCUGCUCUGGUACUUUCCUUGACAUACAUAGGGACAUUCCAAUGUUACACAAAACAUGCAAAAGUUGUGAGACAUUUUUGUGUAACCUGUCAAUAAUAGGGUAUUGUAUGAAAAGCUUUGUUUUGUUUGUUAAGUAUUUAUUAAUAUCAAAUAUCUGUACUGUGCGUUUCAAUACGUAUUUAUAUGUUGUCCUGAAAUGAAUUAUUUUUAUUAAGAAAA